GAAAAGAACUUUCAGAAUCCACUGUUACCUUGGCUGCAAGUGGGGGAGAAAUCAUGGAGGAUUCUCCAAACCCUGGCCAUCAGAACCAAAGAAAAAGAAGCAGUGACAACAAUGCUUUCGCCAAGUUUGUGCCAUUUUCUCCACCAUCAGAACACCACACUGAAUCAAUUGAGGCUAGUCCUGGUGGUCACCAUGACCAUGGCCACAAGAGACUCAAACCAAAUUCUGAAGCUCCCUUAUCAGAAACCACCCCCAACUUCUCCGCUUCUCCUAUUCUCAAACAAAACAUUGGCACAAGAGAAGCACUAGACUUUUCCUCUCCAUGCACUUUCAUUAAGCAUUCAGCUAACAGUGGACCAUCACCACUGUCCAUUGGUAGCAAGUCAUCAGGCAUUGACUAUGAGGAGAAUGAUGGGAAAGUUGGCACAACUGUCUCAGCCAGUCAGUGUCAUUGGAAAGAAGAUCAGAUUGAGAUGGAAUCAGUGAUGUCUAUGGCAGCUGAGGAACUAUCCAAGAGGCCUAAAACUGGGGGAAUCUACAAAGCAAUUGCGGGUCAACGAGAUUGCACUGUGAAACGUUUGAAAGAUCUGUCAAAUAUGGAGACUACAAUAGAUGUUGGACUUGAGAUGGCUGAUGCAGCACACCUUCUGGAGCUUAUGAGCUUCUCAACUAAUGAGAUCGAGAUGGCAGGGAAAAAUGGUCAUAAAGGAGCUAUGUUGUUGCUUCAAGCAGAGAUCCUACGCAAGAAAGGACAGGAACUCAUUGCCGAGGGCCAGAAUUUGUUGCGUGAUACGUUAUAACUUGUUGCAUUUUGAGCUUAAAGAAGUUUUAUGUCGGCGGAUGAUAAGCUUCCAAGUUGAGGGCUAAGUUCAGAUCUCUCUGCCAUCAAAU